AUGACUAUCCUUUUAAGGAAUAUUUCAAACGCCAGUGUGCCUACCAGCCCCUCCCCGGAGAUGAUGUCUUUUAUGAAUCUGGUGCUUGGCAUUUUUAUCUUGGUGUCCUUACUGGUGGGGACAGUUUCCAAUGGCCUCUUCCUCUGGGUGAUGUGGGUGAAAAUGAAGAGGACCGUGAACACCCUCUGGUUCUCACAUCUGAUUUUCACCUACUUACUUUUCUGCACCUUUCUGCCUUUCUUCGCCAUCUACAGCUUCUUUGGAUUCCACUGGGUCUUUGGCACCGUGGCAUGCAAACUUAUCAUUUCCCUGUUUUCUCUGACCAUGUUCACCACUGUCUUUCUCCUCACUGUCAUCAGCCUGGACCGUUACCUGCUCAUCUGUCAUCCUUUCUGGUCCCAGCACCACCGCACAAUUCCCCAGGCGCAGAGAUUCGUGGCAGGAGUAUGGCUCUGUUCCCUUGUCCUCAGUGUCCCCUACAUGGCUUUUCAGGAGACGCGAGCAAUGGAGUCAGGCAGAACGAAGUGCGCCAGCAAUUUCGCUUUCUCCAGUGACUGGGAUAAGCCUGAGGCACAGGCCUUGAGGCAUCGUGUUCACGUAGCUCUCUUUGUGGUCCGGUUCCUCUUGGCCUUCUUGCUUCCCUUCCUGAUUAUCAUGAGCUGCCAUUGUAGGAUGGUCUGGGAAAUGAAAAAGAGAAGGCUGGCAAGGAACAGAAAGCCUUUCUGGGUCCUGGUGGCAGCCGUGGCAUCCUUCUUCAUCUGCUGGAUCCCCUACCAUCUCUAUCACGGCUCAACGACACAUUGGGAAUCGUUUAGAACAACACGGCAGGCCUUGCGGGUGGCAAUGGCUGUCGGAGAGUGUUUCAAUUUCUGUUUCACCCCCAUUCUCUAUCUGUUUAUUGGGGAGAAAUUCCAGCAGGUCUUCAAGACGUCUAUUCUUGCCCUGCUUAAGAGAGGCUUUAUGGAUAUUCCCAUCAUCCCCAUGGACAACGUCAAUGUCAACGAGGCGGGCCACCAAAGCUGUAGCAUCAGCAGCUUGGAGCUGAAGAUCAGUUGUGGAAACAAUCGGCCAUCUCCCUGA